AUGGUGUUCUCAACCUGCUUAGAGCUGCCCUUGUCACUUGAUGCUUGGACAGUACAGAAGAAUAAGGAGUACCCCAAGCUGUUCCCUCUGAGCUGCCCGCCUCUGCAAGAAUCGCCACCCCGUGCCAAGCACACGGCAGUGGCCUUCCUGAAGACUCACAAGACAGCGGGUACCACGGUGCAGAACAUCCUGUUCCGCUUCGCCGAGCGCCACAACCUCACCGUGGCCCUGCCUCACCCGAGCUGCGAGCACCAGUUCUGCUACCCGCGCAACUUCUCGGCGCACUUCGUGCACCCGGCCACGCGGCCCCCGCACAUGCUGGCCAGCCACCUGCGCUUCGACCGCGCCGAGCUCGAGCGCCUCAUGCCGCCCGACACCGUCUACGUCACCAUCCUGCGCGAGCCCGCCGCCAUGUUCGAGUCGCUCUUCAGCUACUACAACCAGUACUGCCCGGCCUUCCGGCGCGUGCCCAACGCGUCGCUCGAGGCCUUCCUGCGCGCGCCCGAGGCCUACUACCGUCCCGGUGAGCACUUCGCCAUGUUUGCGCACAACACGCUGGCCUACGACCUGGGAGGCGACAACGAGCGCAGCCCUCGCGACGACGCGGCCUACCUGGCGGGCCUCAUCCGCCAGGUGGAGGAGGUCUUCUCGCUCGUCAUGAUCGCCGAGUACUUCGACGAGUCGCUCGUCCUGCUGCGGCGUCUGCUGGCCUGGGACCUGGACGACGUGCUCUACGCCAAGCUCAACGCGCGCGCCGCCACCUCACGCCUGGCCACCAUCCCCGAGGCGCUGGCCCGGGCCGCGCGCGCCUGGAACGCGCUCGACGCGGGCCUCUACGACCACUUCAACGCCACCUUCUGGCGCCGCGUGGCGCGCGCUGGCCGCGCAUGCGUGGAGCGCGAGGCGCGCGAGUUGCGGGAGGCCCGCCAGCGCCUGCUGCGCCGGUGCUUCGGCGACGAACCGGUGCUGCGACCCGCCGCCCAGAUCCGCACCAAGCAGCUGCAGCCCUGGCAGCCUAGCCGCAAAGUGGACAUCAUGGGCUACGACCUGCCUGGCGGUGGCGGUGCCAGCCCUACCACGGAGGCCUGCCUCAAGCUUGCUAUGCCUGAGGUGCAAUAUUCAAACUAUCUGUUGCGGAAGCAGAAGCGCCGAGGUGGUGUGCGAUCGAAGCCAGAACCGGUCCUGGAUAACCCUCCCCCUCGGCCCAUCCGAGCACUGCCCCGCAUCCCCCAGGCUACCUGAGUUCUGUCAGCCUCCCGUACUCAGGGCUUGCUCCAUUCGGGCCCUUUUAUUCCCCACGGGCUUGAGCCCUGUGUCCAAAUGAGGUGCAUCUAUCUGCAUCUGAGCCUGCCACCCCAGUGUCGCCUGAACCCCACUUUCUGGGAUGGCAUUGAUGGGCCACCCAUUCCUCCUUCCCAACUGGUUGGUGACUUUGACAAGAGAUCCAAGGGCGUUCCAAUACUGCCCACCCUGCCUUUUUCUGGGGACUGAGCACCCCACCUGUCUUUUCAGGGGCUGAGCCCCCACCUGUGUGAAGUGGAUGACCACACACCCCAGAGAGGGCCUGAGGCCUGGGAAAACGCCCGUGCUUCUUGUCAGCACCUGAGCAUAUGUUCUUCCCAAGGCUGCAGAGGUCCCCCACUGUCUUCCAGGUUCUACCUUCCCUAGACACCUAAGCUGCUCCCAGUCACCCAAAACCAAGAGUUCUUGGGUUGGGCUUUCUGUUUGG